GGACCUUCCAUGUUACCUAAUUUUAGCAUGUCAGGACUGGUUGCUUUUGAAAGUAUUUCUCAACGUUUUCGAGAUUUAGAGAUUGGCGAUGUUGUUAUUUGUAAAUCACCAUUAAAACCAGGAAGAGCGGUAUUAAAACGAGUGAUUGGUUUGCCUGGAGAUAAUAUUUGUGAAGAUCCAACAGCAAAAGAUAGAAAAUAUAUUACUGUUCCACAAGGACAUAUAUGGCUUGGAGGGGAUAAUAUAAGCAAUUCAACGGAUUCAAGAGAUUAUGGUCCUGUUCCAUUAGGAUUACUUAAAGGAAGAGUAUUUGCAAAGGUAAAUAGAAUGAUAAUCAUAUAA